AAUCAAACAUCAUCCUCCAACCACCGAUGUCCCAUAUUCACUUUUUGUGUGUUUUAUUUCUAUUUUCUUUUAUUGCUUUGAAGAAUUUUGUUUUGAUUUCUAAAAAGUAUAUAUUUUUCUUUUUUAAUUGUCGUGAUUCUUGAUACCUUUUAGCAUUGAGUGAUUUGUUGGUGUGAUUUGCACUUUAGGGCCACCACAGUUCUGAACAUCAAGUCUUGCACAUCUUCACAAAAAUAGAUAUCUUUCUGGGAUAUUUUCAGUGUAGGUAUUCUGCAGUUUGUUUUUUCUUUUUCUUCACACUCUUUCUAACCUUCUGUAUUGCCCUAACCUUUUCUUCCCAAAACGACUGACAGUUUUCCUUUCUCUCCUGCUGUCUUUGCUCUCUUUCACUCUUUCUCCCGCCUACACCGGGGCACCGCUAGCGCUACACUUCCCAGUCCCUCUCUCCCUCCCGCCGUCUCUGGCAGCCUGACUGUGCUGUCUGCCUCAGCUGUUCUCAGUUGCACCGCGCGUCUUGGGCUGUGGGGACGGAACACUGAGUGGGGCUGAACUAGUUCAGAGGAGCGUUAAGCAGAGAGGGAUAGGCAGAGCGAGUCAUCCAGUGAGGAUUUUGCUAACCAAGCAGACAGGAGGAACAGCUGAACCAAUCUGGACCUGUUUACUUUGGUUAGUUAAAGGUGACACUGAGUGGUCAUGUGGAUGGCUCCUUUGGAGCUACAAGCUGGUUUGGUGUCAGAACAGAUAACCAUGGAAGACAGACCUGGAUUUUCUUUGAGUUGCUUUUGUUGGUAAAUUUUUAACUUGGUUGAGUAAUUAAUGGAGUAGGAAGCUUGCGUGCAGAGACAUUGAUAUAUAAACCUCAGCUGUGCAAGUUUGUGUUUUUCUUGAGUUGGACUUUAAUUUUGGCGUCUGACCUCUGGAACAGGAGGGAUUUUUUGAUCUUGCUGGGACAGGACCUACUGUGACCCAAACUGGACAGAACCACCUGGGCUUUUCAUUUUUAUUGUGCAAUUUGUCACAGAACCAUUUUUUUCUGCCAAACUCAAUCUGCCUGCACAGGAGUUGUUGAUUUUAAAGGACCUGUCUGGACUAUUUUACCCCAGGACCAUGGGCUUUCUCUGGGGCAGCACUGUGCUUCUCUGUACAGUGGCUCUGCUCAGAGUGGAGGGCAGUGAAGCCCAACAGACCAAGAACAAUGUCCCCCGGCUAAAACUCUCCUACAAAGAAAUGUUGGAGUCUAAAAACCUCGAGACGUUUGAAGGCCUUCCUAACAGUUCAGCCUAUCACACUUUGUUCUUGGAUGAGGAGAAAGGCAGACUGGUGGUGGGGGCCAAGGACCACAUUCUCUCUUUCAACCUCCUAAACAUCAGCAAAGGCUACGCACAGAUUCCUUGGUCUGCUUCUCCAACAAGAAGAGACGAAUGCAAGUGGGCAGGAAAAGAUGUCGCUAGGGAGUGCGCUAAUUUCAUAAAGGUGUUGCAACCGUUUAACCAAACCCAUGUGUACGUGUGCGGGACGGGAGCCUUCCAUCCCGUGUGCUCCUACCUGGAAGUUGGCAAGAAGCCUGAGGAUGGUGUGUUCAGACUUGAGCCCCAUGUGGAAAAUGGCAGAGGGAAGAGUCCCUAUGAUCCCAAGUUGCUCACUGCAUCCAUGCUAAUUGAUGGAGAGCUGUAUGCUGGCACAGCAGCUGACUUCAUGGGGCGGGACUUUGCCAUUUUCCGAACUCUUGGCAAGCAUCAUCCAAUCAGGACAGAACAACAUGACUCCAGGUGGCUAAACGAUCCCAGGUUCUUGGGGAUACAUCUGAUUCCAGAAAAUGACAAUCCAGAGGAUGACAAAAUUUACCUGUUCUUCAGAGAGAAUGCGAUGGAGGGAGAACAUGCUGGAAAAGCAGUGUAUGCUCGCAUUGGACAGCUCUGCAAAAAUGACCUGGGAGGCCACAGAAGUCUGGUUAAUAAGUGGACUACCUUCUUAAAAGCUCGACUUAUUUGUUCCGUACCCGGCAGUAAUGGGAUAGACACGCACUUUGAUGAACUACAGGAUGUUUUUGUCAUGGGAACAAAGGAUCCCAAGAGUCCACUUAUCUAUGGAGUAUUUACAACAUCAAGCAACAUCUUUAAAGGUUCAGCAGUGUGCAUGUACAGCAUGACAGACAUCAGGAGAGCAUUUCUGGGUCCGUACGCUCACAGGGAUGGACCAAAUUAUCAGUGGGUUCCCUUCCAGGGUCGUGUUCCCUAUCCACGGCCUGGCACAUGUCCAAGCAAGACAUUUGGUGGAUUUGAUACGACCAAAGAUCUUCCAGAUGAAGUAGUCACUUUUGCCAGAAGUCACCCAGCCAUGUUCAAUCCAGUCUACCCAAUUAACCAUCGACCCAUCAUUGUCAGAACAGAUGUGGACUACCAGUUCACCCAGAUAGUGGUUGAUAAGGUUGAAGCAGAAGAUGGCCAGUACGAUGUCAUGUUCAUAGGCACAGACAUGGGAACCGUUCUGAAGGUGGUGUGUAUCCCUCGAACCUCCUGGCAUGACUUAGAGGAAGUCCUAUUGGAGGAGAUGGUUGUCUUUAGAGAACCAGCUGCCAUCAGGGCCAUGGAACUUUCAACCAAACAGCAACAGCUUUACCUGGGAUCUGACAUCGGCGUGUCUCAGAUGCCUCUACAUCGGUGUGAAGUUUAUGGGAAGGCCUGCGCUGAAUGCUGCCUUGCAAGGGAUCCUUACUGUGCAUGGGACGGCACAGAAUGUUCCAGAUAUUUUCCCAUGGCUAAAAGGAGAACGAGAAGGCAGGACAUCAGGAAUGGAGACCCUCUGACUCAGUGCUCAGACCUACAACACCAGGAUGAACUGAAUGGAUUGGCAAAUCUCCAGGAUAAGACGGUGUACGGUGUGGAAAACAGCAGCACUUUCCUAGAAUGCAUUCCCAAAUCCCAGAGAGCGGCCACUUAUUGGCAGUAUCAGCAUUCCACUAAUGAUCGCAAACAAGAGAUCAAGUCAGCGGACCGUUUUAUCCACACCAGCCAGGGCCUCCUGAUCCGAACUCUUGAAAAGAAGGAUUCUGGCAUCUACCUGUGCCAAGCAGUGGAACAUGGCUUCAUGCAGACAGUUUUAAAGGUCAACCUGGAAGUGAUUGACACAGAACACCUGGAUGAGCUUCUACAUCGCGAUGAAGACGCAACGAGCCACGUCCACGCCCAGGAUUUUUCCUCGCCGAGGGAAAGUCCCAACCAGAAGCUUUGGUACAGAGACUUCCUCUCUUUGGUCAACCACCCAAACCUGAACAGCGUUGACGACUUCUGCGAGCAAGUUUGGAAAAGAGAGCGGAAGCACCGGAGACAGAAAUCCCACCUGGUGCAGCAAAUGCACCACCAGCAGAAGGCUGUGGUGAACCCACACAGUCAAAUGCAUGCUCAAGGGUUGGCAUCCAAGUGGAAGCUCCUGCAAGAGAAGCAAAAGGGACGCAACCGCCGGACCCACGAACUGGAAAGGGCCCCCCGCAGCGUCUGACUCAGACAUUUUCCCACUGAGGCUUGAGACCACACCCGGAUCCUUUUCUCUAAUCUUGAUAGAAUUAUCGUGUUGCUGUCCUUCCUUCUGCAAAACACACAUCAUCUACAAAGACUGAACAGGAAGGUUGAUAACUGAAUGUUAACCCCAUCUACCAGCUGGUGUGUUCAUGCAUGGUCAGGCAUAAACAAAUGCGGACAAAAACUUGCAUCACAUUAGAGUGUUAAAGCACAUAAUCUCAGCUGGCUGCCAUGACCUGAACUCUGCAGGAGGGAGGGCGUGUCAGUCAGAAAACCCAUCCUUUAGACAGACACAACGCCGCUUUGUGUGUCUCGGCAUGAUCGUUAGACGUCUUGUUUUUUUGUUUGCAGACACAACCAUAAAUCUUUACAGGUUUUUCUUUUUUAACGUCAUAGGAAACGAAGAUGUGUCCAAAUUGGUUAUUGGUGAACCACUCAACGUGAGGACGAUAAAUGACCGGGUUCUACAAGAAACAGAUCUGUUUAUGUCGAAGCGUGUAAAUACUUUGUGUUUGAUGCUUAUAAGAAAGGGAAUGUCUUGUGCAGUCAGUUUAUGUUGUUUUGGAGGAUAGAAAUUUAUUUAAGACAAGGUUUUCAAAGCAGUUGUAAAGGGGGAUUUUAUACUUCUGACUGAGUGAGUGUGUGUUUGUGUGUUUGUCUAUGGCCUAGAUAAGCUUCCCAAACAGAGAGGUUUUAUUAUUUUUUCAUUAGAAUCUUUCUGGUCUGAGCAUUUAGAAAGCUGCAUCAUUUGGAUGUACAAGACGCCGUACGGAGUUCUUCCAUGUUUAUUUAAUUGUUCCUUAAAACUGCUUUGUUUUCCCAACUCGUGUAUUUAUUGAUAACCCAUUCUCUCCAUUGUUAAAAUGUAUAAUUACUCAUAACAUUUCAUUUAAAGGACCAAUUUAAUUCAAAACAGGAAGGUAAAUGUUAUUAAUUUAUUUUGCUGAGUGUCACAUUUAGUACAUAUCAGAAGCAAUAAGCCAGUAUCCAUCCACUAUACUGUAUUUCCCUACGUAUCUGUAUUGUACACAAACAGUGCAGUGUAGCACUCCCAUUUCACUGUAUGUAAAAUAAACCCAAUAAUACAAUAAUUUAAUGGAGCACAAGCAAACACAAACCUGGAAUGUAGCUGUGAACAUCGUGUAAAUAUAACUGCAGUCUGUGGUCACUGUAUGACAAUAAUGACACUAUGUACUAGUGCAUGUGUAUACGAGUGUCUUCUUGUUCUGCCAUGGCAAAGAUAUACUAUUCUGAUGUUGUAACCGCUGAGUUGUUUGUACCCACGAGCAGAAAUGUCCACGAUAUCCAUUCUCCUUCUCUGAACAGACAGGAAACUCAGCAGGAUGGCAUCGCGGCGGAAAAUCUCGACCUACCACUUAAGGACUACGGACUUUGAUGAAGCGUGUUUGAGUUUACAAGCUUCGUCUGCUUUCUGAACUCAUGACUGGAUUUAGAGCAAAAGCAGCUGGAGCCCAUCCUCAGAUAUUUGUGUCAAAAAAAAAAAAAAAAAAAAACGGAGUUCCGCAUGUGCACAAGAUAAGACUAUCAUUAUUAGGAGGUAAUUAACCCAACCUGUCAAGUCAGAGAAAGGAAACAAAGUGCUGCUGUUGCUACUUUUUAGCAUGAUGAUGUAUUUUACUGAUCAAAUAAAUGUUUCUUCAUGAAA